AUUUGAAAACGCAACUUGAGGAGGAGCUGGAGAAAGAAGAAAUUAGACUGCGUGCAGAUUACGCUACAAAAAUGAAAGAACUUCAGCUGAGAACACGAGACGAGCAUUUGGAAGAAGAAUCUCAUCUUCAAGAAGGCUUGCAGGAUGCUAUUAGGAAGUUGAAAUCCGAACUAAAACUCAAGCAGGCCGAAGAGGAAGAAAAACUCCGAAAAACACAUAACGAAGCACUGGAGAAAUUUCAAACGAUGUUAAAAUGUGAGAGAGAAAAGGGAAGACGAAAUGAAAAAGGAAAGUGAUACAGAAUUAAGUAGAUUAAAAGAAAAACAAACGACGGCAGAAGAAGCAGAGAAACGAAUUUUAGAGACACAACAUAAACAGAUUAUCCAUGACUUACGAGAGAAGUUGGAGAAAGAAAGAGAGAGCUCUCUGGAAGAAAUGCAACAACAUCAUCAAUAUGAGAUGCAACAGAUGAAAUCAGACGUGGAGGAACAACAUGAAAAGGCAUUACAGGAAAUGAGAGAUAAGUUGCGGGAAAGUCACGAAAAUCAUGUCACGAAUUUGAAAAAUGAGGCGACUGCAGAACAAUAUAAUGAACAGUUGAACGCGACAAAGAAAAGUUUUGAAAAAGAGAUCGAAAUUGCUCGAGAAAAGCACAAAGAAGAACUUGAAGUACUGAAAGACGAGCAUGAAUCAAUGAUCUACAAGACAAAACAGGAAUUCAAAGAAAUGGAAAUGAAGCAGCAGUUCGAGCUUAACGAAAAAAUCGAGAGAGAGAAAAAUAAUAUGAAGCAACUGAAAGACGAUGAGAUAUCAAAAGUUUCUGCUCAGUUGGAAAAUGAGCGGUCGGCCAUUAUGGCUGACCACGACAAAUUGAAAGCCGGCGUUGAAAAGAUGAUGAGUGAACUUUGUAAACGAAAGGAAACGUUGGGAAAAGAGAUAAAGAGCGUUGAAGAUGAGGAAAAUCUUCUUUUUGCCAGAAAAGAAAAAUUACAAAGGGAGUCGUUGAGACAAGAAAAAGAGCUUCAGAAUCACCAUUCAGUAAAAGACGAUGCUCUUAGACAUGAAAACCAACAACUGAAAGAAGAUAUUUCAAAUCAUAGAGAAAUCAUAGAAAAAAUUACAAGAGAAAAGAAAGAAAUGCAGCAUGAUGUUGAUAAUUUAAAAGAAGAGAAAAGGAUUUUACUAAAGGAGAUCAGUGAUUUGGAGUUACGAACUGCGGCCUUUAAAAACAGAACUGAAGAGAUGUGUGAACAAUUUGAGAACGAAAAGACGAACGACGACUGUUUGAAAGUACCAAAUGAUUCUUUGAAUGAAAAAUGUGUCGACAGCGAAGAUGAAAAUGAAAUUCUUCUCGUGGAAGAUCUGAAUGAUAAAAAGGCACGUACACCAAGUACUCGUGAUGAAUCCAGGACGCAGGACAGAGCAGGCUUGAGCGAUGGUCAAAUAUUAGAAGAUGGUGAACUGCCACCGUUUAUGCGUUCCAUCUCGAAGAAAGAAGCUUGGGUUGCCGAACUUGAUUCCGAUCCAGAGUUGGAAUUUUUGAAAAGUCAAGCUAAAGUUAAGCUCAAACACUCAAAACCGAAGAGAAGUUCAUUGUGGAAAAGACUUGAGGAUGAAGAAGACGCCAUAAGUAGGGCGAAGGAAUUCCUAAGAAAUCGUUCAAGUGCUCUGAAUCGUAGAAAGAAUUAUAUAGAAAACAUUGCCAGUAGAUCUAGGAAUGGAAGAAGACAUAAGGCAUCGUACGUUGAGGACAUUAAGCAUGCACUUGAUGAGGAAGAAGCCGAGGUAACCGAAGCUUUAUAUCACGUUAGCGCCGGCGAGAAUCUACUCCGUCAGAAAGAAGACAGAAUAAGAUUGCUUGAAAAUACAUUCGCUGAAGACUUGUCGAGUACUUCAGCAGACAGUGACUCAGACAUCAUUCUGGAGAGGGGACGUCAUUUGCACCGCAAUCGUGGUUAUGGAUCUGCCAUUUCACGCCAGUAUGCAAUUGAGAACACUAAAUCACGUGGCCAUCGUAUCAAAUAUGAGAAAAGGAAACGUCGUCUGACAAAUCCCGACGAUCUCAAUCGAGAAACAAACGAUCGUUUAAUGUCUUCUCUACAAGACAUAAACAACGAACUUUCUCGAAUUUGGUCAUACAUGACGAGUGUUUAUCAUAGAGUCGACAGACCCAACGAUGUAAGACCUCCAAUGAAUAGAGAAAAUGAACCAGCUGAACUCACGAUGGAGAAGAAGUGGAUAAACUAUUUCGGAAGUAACAGUGGAUUACAUCAUCAAACAACAACGUUACGUGGCCCAUCAGAUCUUGCAUAUGCUUCUUUAAGGGAACACAUUCCCUCGUACCGUCAUGAAGAAUUGCCAGUAGAAAAUAAUGGAGACCACAAAGAAUGGAUGAGGAAAUUCCAUUCAGAUUUCUCUCAUACUUCGGAUUUUAAAGGUUUCGUUAGCGACAAUUUUGGUAGAAGUGUUGGAAUGGUCGCUCCAAGCACGAGUUUAUGGUCAAAGAAAUUUACCUUGGAUGACAUUGGAGAAGUGAAAUAUUCUUAAAUGUUUUAUAUGUUUGAAUUAUAUUUAUUUUUACAUAAAUGGA